GCUGCGGGGAAGGCGAUGGGAGCCGAAGGGCAAGAGCGCAGGGGGAGUGUGGAAGCGAGGGCGGAGGCGGUUGUGGGAAGAGCCGGGGAAAUUCCCCAGGCGGGGCGGGGGCGGGCCCCGGCCGGUCAGCUGAGCGGCUCGGGGCGGGGCCGGGAGGUUCACAACAGACGCUACUCCUCCGGCUCUCGGGUCCUCCCCCGCUGCCUGGCCCGCCGCGGGCCCGGUGAGCGGUGUUUCUGGCCGCCUGCUAGCCCCUGGCGCUCCUGGCAUGGAGCCGAGCAAGCUGUGACCCGGCCGAUCCGCACGACCGACUGCCGCCGCGCCGAAGCUGCUAUAAUGUCCCACCAAUCACUGAGUGACCCAGCUGAAAAUGGGGAUUGCUCUAAGAAAAGCACAGGAAAUGGACCACAGAAUUUGGCUCAUCCAGACCUGGAUACAUUCACUCCAGAGGAGAUGCUGAAACAGAUGAAGGAGCUCCUUAUUGAGAACCAUCAGUUAAAAGAGGCCAUGAAGCUAAAUAACCAAACUAUGAAGGGACGAUUUGAAGAGCUCUCAGCCUGGACAGAAAAACAAAAGGAAGAGCGUCAGUGUUUUGAGCUGAAGUUCAAAGAAGUCAAAGAGAGCUUGUUAUCUUUGAGUAAUGAAAAUGAAAAUCUGAAAGCAGAAAUUGAAAACCUUAAAGUGAAAAAAGAAAGAUCUUUUAAGGAUAUCACUGGAGACUCCAGAAUUCCCAGGACAGUGACAGACCAAGAAAUGGAGCAACUUAAAACACAAGUGACUCGUCUUCAAGCUGAAAAGGCAGAUUUACUUGGCAUUGUAUCAGAAUUACAACUCAAGUUGAACACAGGAUCUUCUGAAGACUCAUUUGUUGAAAUUAGAAUGGCUGAAGGAGAUGAGACAGCAGCCCUAAAAGAAAUCAAGAAUGGUCCUGGAUUAAUAACACCUGAUCCUAUUGACAAGAAUCAAUCUGUGGAUGGGGCCAAGAAUUAUUUGGAAUCUGAGGAAUUAACUGUUAGUCAGCUUCUACUGUGCCUCAGGGAAGGAAAUCAGAAGGUGGAAAAUCUUGAAACUGCACUGCAAGCAGCUAAAGCCAGACUCGCAGAUUUAGAAAAGAAGGCACGGGAUCAUUCUGAAAAUGGCACCCAGACUGAGGAGAGCCCUGGAGAAGAAAAAGAAAAGAAACAAAGCAUAGAGACUGUUGGAAGUGAAGUGGAAACACUUAACCUCCAGGUAACAGCAUUGUUUAAGGAACUUCAAGAAGCUCACACUAAGCUCAAUGAAGCUGAGCUGAUGAAGAAGAGGCUUCAAGAAAAGUGUCAGGCCCUUGAAAGGAAAAAUUCUGCAACCCCAUCAGAGUUGGAUGAAAAACAAGAAUUAGUAUAUAUCAACAAAAAGUUAGAACUACAAGUGGAGAGUAUGCGCUCAGAAAUCAAAAUGGAACAAGCUAAAACAGAUGAUGAAAAGUCCAAAUUUGCCAUUUUACAGACAACACAUAACAAGCUUCUUCUUGAACAUAGUAAUGUACUGAAAACAAUUGAAGAACUAAAAAGAAAAGAGGCAGAGAAAGUUGACAGGUCAGUGAUAAAGGAAUUAAAUGAAAAGCUUGAUUUAGCAGAGAGAGCCCUGGCUUCCAAGCAGUUGCAAAUGGAUGAGAUGAAGCAGAUUAUUGCUAAGCAAGAAGAAGACUUGGAGACCAUGGCUGUCCUCCGGGCUCAGAUGGAGGUUUACUGUUCUGAUUUCCAUGCUGAGAGAGCAGCAAGAGAAAAGAUUCAUGAAGAAAAGGAACAACUGGCAUUACAGCUGGCAUUUUUGCUGAAAGAAAACAAUGUUUUUGAAGAUGGGAGCAGCAGACAGUCUUUGAUGGAACUGCAAAGCCGUCAUGGGGCCAGAUCAACAAAUGAACAAGACCAACAACCCUACCUUGUUCAGAGAGGAGCUGAUGAUAGAAGCUGGCGGCAGCAGCAACAGCAAAGGAAUAUUCCAAUCCAUUCAUGCCCCAAGUGUGGAGAAAUUCUGCCAGAUAUAGAUACAUUGCAGAUUCAUGUUAUGGACUGCAUUAUAUAAAUGUUGAUCUUCCAUCUCAAAACAAAACAAAAAAAUCCCCACCCUUUCUGGUAAAUGUUGACUUCAUCCUCUUAAGAAUGGUACCUUUGUGUGUUUUUCCUCAAAUAUUUUGGCCCAUUACAUUUGUUUUAGAAGAAAGAAAAGCUCCUCUGUGUUAAAUGAGUCACUUAUUGUCCAUAAAGGAUUCCAUUUAAAUGAGCUUCAUUUUUUUCUGUUCAGUUUAUGCCAGCUUUGCACCCUGAUAUCUGAAUAAAUUAAUGUAAUCAAAAGAUAAACUUCAUUGAUCAAUUUAAAGCACUGUAAUGAGCAGAAAAUAUGAAGUGAUUAUAGGUUUAAUCAAGAAACAGACUUCCCUGUUUGAAGUGUUUCUAACAAACUGAUCAGUUCGUUUUAUUCAUCAUCCAUUAAAAAUGAAUCCUUUUGGAUUUUUUUUUUUUUUUUUUUUGCAUUAUAAUUUACUGUAGCUAGAGUAAGCAUACUAGAUUUUUUUGGUAUGCUUUUUAUUUGGGCACCAUGCGCUUUAACUUGACAUAGGGAAAAUAAAAAUUGUGGGCAUAUGUGAAGUAGAUAAGUGUUAAGUUUAUUUGAUUUUAUAAAACAGUUCAUGGUGUAAAAAUGUUAACUUUGUUUUUUAGUUAUUAAGCACAAAUAGGUUUGUACAGUAGAUGCUUAUUUACUUGUUGAUGAGAACAGAUGUUAAUUAAUUUUCUUAAAUGAUCAAGUUACAUCUUAAGAGUCAUAAAAACAAAAUGAUUGCAAAAUAAAACUGCUUAUAUUGUAGGUUUUUCUUAUAUGUACAUUGACUAAUUUCUUAAUAUACAUUUUCUGUAUUAAAUUAUAUACAUAUAAUUAGC